AUCUCGCCAUGCGGCUCCCUGACCUGAGACCCUGGGCCUUCCUGCUGCUGGCCGACUCGGCGUUACUCUGGCUGCUGCAGGCGACCCUGGGGGCCCUGCUCCCCCGCGGGCUUCCAGGCCUGUGGCUAGAGGGCACCUUGCGACUGGGAGGGCUUUGGUGGCUGCUGAGGCUGGGAGGGCUGCUGGGGUUUGUGGGAGCACUGCUGCCCCCCCUCUGCCUGGUGACCCCUCUGUUUCUCUCCCUGAGGGCCCUGGUCCCGGGGACCUUGAGUGCUCCCCCAGCCAGGGCGGCUUCAGCCCCUUGGAGCUGGCUGCUGCUGGGUUACGGGGCGGCAGGGCUGAGCUGGGGCGUGUGGGCUGUGCUGAGCCCUCCAGGAGCCCCGGAGAGGGAGCAGGGCCAGGAGAACAACAGAGCCUUGAUGUGGAGGCUGCUGAAGCUCUCCAGGCCAGACCUGCCUUUCCUGGGUGCGGCCUUCUUCUUCCUCGCUGUUGCCGUGUUGGGUGAGACAUUAAUCCCUUACUAUUCUGGUCGUGUGAUUGACAUCCUGGGAGGUGAUUUUGAUCCUGAUGCCUUUGCCAGCGCCAUCUUCUUCAUGUGUCUCUUCUCUGUUGGGAGCUCACUGUCCGCAGGCUGCCGAGGAAGCACCUUCACCUUCAUCAUGUCCAGAAUCAACCUGCGGAUCCGGGAGCUGCUUUUCUCCUCCCUCCUGUGCCAGGACCUUGCUUUCUUCCAGGAGACUAAGACAGGGGAGCUGAAUUCCCGGCUGAGCUCGGAUACCAAACUGAUGAGUAACUGGCUUCCUCUUAAUGCCAACGUGCUGUCUCGAAGCCUGGUGAAAGUGCUGGGACUUUACAGCUUCAUGCUCAGCCUGUCCCCUCGACUCACCCUCCUUUCUCUGCUUGAGGUGCCUCUAAUGAUAGCGGCUGAAAAGUUGUACAGUGCUCGCCAUCAGGCAGUCCUUCAGGAGAUCCAGGAUGCUGUGGCGAAAGCAGGACAGGUGGUACGUGAGGCAGUUGGAGGGCUGCAGACUGUGCGCAGUUUUGGGGCCGAGGAGCAAGAGGUCGGUCGCUAUAAGGAGGCUCUUGACCGAUGCCGGCAGCUGUGGUGGCGACGAGAUCUGGAAACAGCCCUCUACCUGCUCUUAAGGAGGAUGCUGUACUUGGCAAUGCAGGUGCUGUUGCUGAGAUGUGGGCUGCAGCAGAUCCUGGCUGGGGACCUCACCCAGGGCGGGCUGCUCUCCUUUCUGCUGUACCAGGACAACGUGGGCUCCCACGUGCAUACCCUGGUGUACAUGUUUGGGGACAUGCUGAGCAACGUGGGGGCUGCAGAGAAGGUGUUCUGCUACCUGGACCGAAAGCCAAAUCUGCCUCCAACUGGGACACUAGCCCCGCCCACUCUGCAGGGCCUGGUGGAAUUCCAGAACGUCUCCUUCGUGUAUCCCAAUCGCCCUGACCAGCCUGUGCUCAAGGGUCUGACGUUCACCCUGCCUCCUGGGCAGAUGACCGCACUGGUGGGGCCCAAUGGAUCUGGGAAGAGCACAGUAGCUGCCCUGAUGCAGAAUCUGUACCAGCCCACCGAGGGGCAGGUGCUGCUGGACGGGGAGCCCAUGUCCCAGUAUGAGCACCGCUACCUACACCAACAGGUGGUUUUGGUCGGGCAGGAGCCUGUGCUGUUCUCGGGUUCGGUGAGGGACAACAUCACUUAUGGGCUGAAGGACUGCAGCGAUGAGAAGGUGCUGGCUGCUGCACGGGCGGCCAGAGUGGAGGAGUUCAUAAAGGAAAUGAAGCAUGGACUUGAUACAGAGGUGGGGGAGAAAGGGAACCAGUUGGCUGUGGGACAGAAGCAACGUCUGGCCAUCGCCCGGGCUCUUGUGCGGGACCCCCGCGUCCUCAUCCUGGAUGAAGCCACCAGUGCCCUGGACGUGGAGUGUGAGCAGGCUCUGCAGGACUGGAAAGCUCACGGGGACCGAACGGUGCUGGUGAUCGCCCACAGGCUGCACACGGUUCUGAGUGCCGACCAGAUCCUGGUGCUGAGGCAGGGGGAGCUGCAGGAGCACGUGCAGCUCAUGGAGGGGCAGGACCUCUACUCCUGCCUGGUGCAGCAGAACAGGAGGACUGAGACCCCAGAGAUGCUGGAGCCUUCUCAGGGCCAUCUCAGUGACCCAGAGUAGCUCCUGCUUUGGCUUUCCCUGGGGGUGUUCCCCUGGGUGGUUGUUUUUGGAGCUGGAGGCACGAUGAUGUAGAUUUAGACCGUGGGUACUUUUGUUGGGGCCAUGGGAGGGCAGGGGGUUGCUUUCUGUAUCCAGGGACCUUAUUUCCUUAAUGAACAGAGCUUUGCCUGGUGCUGAGUACUGUACUGUGGCAUACAUUUCAAAAUAUUUUUUCCUUAUAUAAAUAGCACACAUUCAUAUAGGAAAUGUAGAGACAGGUAGGAAGGAGAAAAGUAAAACUACACACUGUUUCACAUCCCAGAGAUAAUCACAGGGACUCUUUUGCUGGCUGUCCUAUCAGCCUUUGAAUUGUUCUUUGAGAUAUAUAUUAACCAGUAUGACAUAAAUAUUCAUGAGUUUGCCUUUCUGUAUCCUUCCCCAUUCCCACCAGGACGUGAUGUUUUGUUGGGGAGCUAGGGUAUGGUGGGACAAAGCACCGUUCCCUAAUUAACAGUAUGAAUAAAAUAUUGAUGAGUUACUGUGUACAGAGUUUUAAUAUGAGUAGGAACUAUGCUAAGCCUUUUUCAUGUAUUAUCAUUUUUAAUCCUUAUCCGCAGCCCUUUGAGAUUGUUAGUUAUUAUCCCCAUUUUAUGGAUGAGAAUACUGAGUCUCAAAGAGAUUAAAGGACUUUCCCAAGGUUGCACAGUGGUGGAAUUAGACUUGGAAUCCAGGCCUGACCUCAGAGUCCACGCUCUCAACUAAUGCAUUAUAUUGCAUCUUGUGUCAUAAUCUACUUUAUAAUCAGAUCAAGUAAAGCUCUUUCACUUCUAGCUCCGAACAGCUCUGAAUCCCUUAUCCUCUCUCUGAUCUCGCUGUUGUAACUUUCAUUCAUAGUGUGAGAUGAUCUCAUAUUCAGAGAGGUUCCCCUACCGUUGGUGCACCUCUUCCAGCCAUUGUUCACAAAGUCAUUCUUCUUUCUAAAAGACGCAUAAGACGAUGUCACUCCUGUAAAAUCCUCCCUGUGUCUUCACCCCUUUUUCUGCUCAGAUCUUCCUCAGAGACAGUUUUUCUAGCCCGUUUGUCUCACCCUUUCUUGUGGGAUUAAAUUCUAUCACAACAAACUUCCUGCCCUCCUGAUGCCUUUGUGCCUCUGAAUAUGUUGUUUCCUGCCAUUCUGUGAACGACGCUCCUGGAUUUGCCCCAGUUCUUUAAGAUUCAACUCAGGAUUCAAGUUUCCCAAGAAGCCUUGCUUUAUCUUCUCAGUCUGGAGAAAGUGCCCUUUCUACGUGCUCUUGUUGCUCUGCUGCUGGGGCUUACCUCUCUCACAGUCCCUAUUAAACUCUCCACCGCCCACUGUAGACCUCUGUCUUUCCACUAGACCGUGAGCCCUUGCGGGGGAGGCCGUCUAUCUUAUUAAGCUUUAUAUCUACUACCUGGCACAGGGCUCCAUUCAUAGUGGACAAUAAAUAAAUGUUUGUUGGGUAAAUGAAUAAA